UGUGGAAAUAACGCUGCGUCGGAAAUGAUGGACUACGUCAUCAGGAAUUUCCAUUGAUUCACAGGUCGAUGUGCGCUCAAAUGUAAAAAAAACAUAAAUGAUCUACUGAUGUUGUGAGGAGUCCGAUGUACCUACAAACAGUACGUUAGUUUCCGUCGACUGCGCAACAAAUAGUUUUCAUAGUACCUACUAUUUAGAUAGGUAUUAUAUUUUAUUACCUUUAUAGUUAACCUACAGAUUAGGUCACUUAAUAGUUAAUAAUAGUUAUGUAUUUAUUGUAAUCGUUCGUACUAAUUUAAAAAUUCUUACAUGAAAUAGUGUUUAAUUUUAAAUACUAAUACGUCUACUCGAAAUACGGCGUGUUUUUGUAUGAACCGUGUGAUCUAUUUAGUGAUGUUUAUUUUCGUCCUCUUGCGAAUAAGCUAUAGAAGAAGCAAUAACCAACUCUAAAUAAAAUCCGCUAUCAUAAAUCAGCAAAAAAAAAAAAAAUUACCUUGUAUAACAAUUUCUAAGUUUUGCGGUUUUACUAUGAGAUUAGAACAUUAUUGCAUUUUUAUGAUACUCGUGGUGGGUAUGACAAUUGCUCAAUCCAACAAUGUAUGCCGUACACCAAAUUAUGAAAAUGGCAUUUGCAUUGAUAUUAGAGAUUGUCAAAAGUUACGAUUGCUUCUGCAAAGCUCCAUCAAUGAAUCUAAUAUAAUCUUUCUUCAGAAAUCAAUUUGUGGCUUUGAAGGUACAAGUUCGAAAGUUUGUUGUCCAUUCGAUAGUUUAAUUUCAGAGAAUAAAUUACCAUCACCAACCACAUGUGGACAAAGGAAGGUUGCAAGUUUUCGAAUGAUUGGAGGGGAUCGAUCUGAAUUAGGUGCUUGGCCUUGGAUGGUAGCUCUUGGUUACAUAAAUUUGAAUAUAAAAAAUAAUACUCUACAAUGGUUAUGUAGUGGAACACUAAUUACAAAUUCAUACGUAUUAACAUCUGCACAAUGCGUAAAAAAUCGUGAUAAUAUAAGACUGACCACGGCGCGCUUAGGUGAAUUAAAUUUGGAUCCUAAUGUCAAUGACGGCGCAACUCCAUUGGAUGUUCCAAUUGAACACGUUAUAAUACACGAAGAGUACAACACUGAAGGAGUUCACAACGAUAUAGCAUUACUAAAAUUAAACCAAAGUGUUAUUUACACUGAAUUGAUCCAACCAAUCUGUUUGCCAAUCACUUCAGAUGUGCAAAAUAUUAACUUGACAGCAACUAUGCUAUUUGUUGCUGGUUGGGGUUCCACCGAUCCUACGUCAUAUUUAAGUGAACCACGCAAUACAAAUUUGAUGGAAGUUCAGAUUCCAAUAACGAAUACUACGGAAUGUAAACAGUUAUAUGAAAAAAAUAAUACCGUAAUCGAUGACAGAAUUAUAUUAUGUGCUGGACAUUCAAUGGGGGGAAAAGAUGCGUGCCGAGGUGAUUCUGGUGGACCUUUGAUGUUACCUAUAAAAAAUCAGUACUAUUUUAUGGGAAUAGUAUCUUAUGGACCUAAAAUAUGUGGAGAACUAGGUCAUCCAGGAGUAUACACAAGAGUGUCUUAUUUUGUCGAUUGGAUUACAAUGAAACUGAGGAACAGCUAG